AUGUCAGACCCCGUCGCCGAGCCCGGUAUUCCGACAAGCAGCACCAAUGUCCCAGCCGCCAACGAGAAGAGCGUCGCGGCGGAGGCGAAGAAGAGGGUGCCAAAUCGCUUGCUAGCAUUGGCCGCGACGCCGGACUCGAUCUUGCUGCGCUUGAACAAAGUCCUCGCCGCCCCAGGCGGCCUCCCCGCCUUCCUCUCCACCUUCAACUACACUCUCUACCUCCUAGCCUACCUGGAAACCAAAUCCGCCGGCCUACGCGCCCGCCUCUUUCAGCUGCUAAGCCAGGUCACAUCAACCCCCGCCCUAGCCACAGCCACCACAGCAGCCGUCCAACCCUCCCCCAUCAUGAACCUCGCCCUCAUGGUAGGCUCCGCCCGCACCACCCUCCGUCUCUUCGGCCUCAUACCCAUGUACGCCGGCCUGCGCCAACUCCUCAACGGGCCCAAACCCGGCCAAGACCAAGUCCUCUACGCGAACUCGGUGACGCAGAUCCUGAUGUACAUGACGUUCCAGUUCCUGGAGAACGUGGCGUUGUUGACCGAUAACAAGAUUUUGCCGGCCAGGUAUACGGCAAAGUAUACGGCUGCUUCGGGGGGCAAGACGGCGAAGAUUUAUCUUUGGGCUUAUCGGGCGUGGCUGGGAGGGAUUCUGUGUGAUUUUGUUAGGUUGGGGCGGGAGGCACAGCUUGAGAGGACUAGGAGGAGUCAGAAGGGUGCUUCGUCUUCUUCCACCGACGUCAGUGUCAAGUCCGACGAGCAGAAGGAUCAGGAGUGGUGGGCGCAGGCUGUGGUGCCGCUGAGCUGGGUUCCUAUGGCUACGCAUGUUUCGCUUCAGAGCGGAAUUCCAGGGUUCAAUGUUGGGGUUAUGGGGCUGUCGGGGCUCUCGGCUGGGUUGGGCAAGAUUGCGGAUUUGUGGGCGAAGACUGCUGAGUAG